AAGAGGCGGUCUUAGCGAGCGUACUGCCCGCCCCGGUGGUUAAAGUGAGGAGAGGGCACGUCCUCGGGUGAACUUCACGCUCAACUAAACAAAUACGAGCUGCAGCAUUCCAAGUAGAUCAGAGGCGCGACGGAAGGUGGCAGAACGUCUAGUAAUAUUGAGUAACAGAUCUCCGUGUACCGGCAGAGAACUAGUCGAAAGAACAAACGACUAACAAGCAAGGAAGUGCUGUGGAAAUCGCUCCAUUUGACCGUCAUUGGAUCCGAAGAAGAAAAUAAACACGUCUCUGAAGUUGGAUAACUUGUGUUAACGUCUACUAUCUACUUGCGAUCUGUUUCAGGUGGCACUGCUGCAGCAGAAUCACAGAUUCUCCGUACAACACAACACCACCACAGAAGAAUCCCAAGCCUCACACAGACUGAAUGAGUGCUGUGAUGUUUGACGAGGACUCUCAGGAGAGAAAGGAGCCAGGCAUGGGGGUGCUGCAGGCUCUGGAGCCCAACACCGGCUCUCCUGGCGGGGGUCUGUCCUUCACGGACGAGGCCGUCUCCAUCCUGACCUCCAGCAGCAUGCUGGCUCGCUCCAUCCUGGGCCGCACCUCGGGCCUCAAACGCAAGGAGAGCCCGACCUCCGCCGGGGCCCUGCGGCGCAAGCGGGAGUUCAUCCCCCAUGAGAAGAAGGACGACGGCUACUGGGACAAGCGCAAGAAGAACAACGAGGCGGCCAAGCGCUCGCGGGAGAAACGCCGCGUCAACGACAUGGUGCUGGAGAACCGGGUCCUGGCUCUGAUGGAGGAGAACGCUCGCCUGCGGGCCGAGCUCCUGGCCCUCAAGUUCCGCUGCGGCCUGGUCAAGGACCCCUCCAACGCCCCCGUUCCCCCCCUCACAUCCCCCCCCACGCCCUGCCCACCCCAGCCCCUCGCCCCACAAUACUACCUCCCUAGGGCGGAGGCAGGGAUCGCCAGGGCCCCAGUCACCCAUCCCACAACCCAGGGGGGGCAGUUCAGUGCCCGGCCCUCCAGGGACGGGGGCAACAUGUCUGAGGACUCUGGCUUCUCCACCCCUGGGGGCUCCAGCGUGGGCAGCCCCAUCUUCUUCGAGGACAGGCUGAGUGACCACGGGAAGCUGUCCCCGCACAGCGCCGAGGAGCUGGGCUACGACCUCCACCACUCCCCCCAGUCCUCCGGGCUCUACCCCGGCGACCUCUCCCGGGCCAUGGUGGGGAAGCUGGACUCUGGCGAGAUGAAGAACCUUCCCCACAAGCUACGCUUCAAGACGGGCAGCGUGGAGGGCGUGGAGGGCGUCGGGGACGGCAGCAGGCGCAGCCCCAUCCAGCCCGUCCCCGGGCGCGACGGCCACCGAGACGCGCCCAGAGCCGAGGCCUCCGGACUGACGGGCCAUUGGUCCCAGCAGCAGCAAGAGGAGGAGAGCAGGAACGGACACCAACGCAGGAUGGGGUCUCCCCAGUACGGCCAGACCCCUACUGCCACCAAGGGCCCCGUGGAGGCCCUGUACCCCACCGACAACCACAUGCUGAAAUCCCAGCUCAGCUCCCUCAGCGAGGAGGUGUCCCAGCUCAAGAAGCUGUUCUCAGAGCAGAUGCUGGCCAAAAUCAACUGAGCUCCGAAACCCAGGGAAUGUGGAUACUAACUGAUCUCGGGACAGUUUUGACGGGGGGUUGUUGGGGUGUGCUUCAUCUCAGAAGCACAUCUCUGUGCUUCUGUAGAACUGGAAUAGGGGGGGGGGGGUAGAAAACUAUUGUGCAACCCAUGUUCCAAUUCCUUCAGUUUACUUUUCUUAUGUGUGUUGUUUUUUAGCACUGUGUGGGUGCUUACAUGAUCCUCAGUAUUGCCAGUAUGUUGACUCAAGUGCUUACUCAUCUCUUACUGAGGUUACUCCACCCUUCACCUUACUGUGUGUGACUGUCAACACCAGCCGUCACCUGGUUCUUUCCAAUACACUGUGAGAUUUUACACUUUCUUUCUCACUAACACGCAUACAGACACACACGUACACAUACAAAGCACACUCAGAAACACACACGCAGGGACUGGAACUCGCCUUGUCAGAGGUGUCGAGAGGUGUGAAAACUGUCAUGGUUUGGUGUUAGCGAGAUCGUACAUGCUGUUCUGUUGGGCUGGUUUGAAGGACAGCGAAGGAGAUACACACAUCUUAUCAGAUGAAAACAAAAAAGGACAUGUGCACCAAAUACUGUACAGAUUGUACCUGUGAUCACCCCUGUCCUAAGAAGGAGAGGUUCAUUACUAUCUAUCAUUCAUGUACUGUACACUGUAUCAUGUGGAGGAAAUCCUUUGUUGUUUUGUGUCUACUUGUACAUAUAUAUAUAUAUACAUUUUUAUACGUAUUAAUAAAUACUUUAACAGCCUAA